UCCCAUUUGCUGCGCCGCGUCAAGAACACCCUAAUUUAUCAUUAAUGGUCGAAUAAUUUAGCGAGAUUUCCGACGGAGUCUGAGUUGCGUGAGAAGAUUCAACAUGGAGUUCCAGGCGGUGAUCAUGGCCGCUGGCCGAGGGUCCAGGAUGACAGACCUAUCGAACAACAUCCCCAAAGCACUUCUUCCAAUUGGCAACCACCCUAUGAUUUGGUAUCCGAUAAAUAUGCUGGAGAAGGCUGGCUUUGAAAGGGUGAUCAUCAUCACACUUGAAUCUUUUGGGAAGGAUUUACGACAGAAGUUGAAAUCAUGUGGUGAGACCAAGCUGGAGCUGGACAUUGUAACCAUCCCCAAUGAUGAAGAUUGGGGCACGGCUGAAUCUCUGAGGCACAUUAGAGAUAAAAUCAAGACAGAUGUCCUCGUGAUAAGUAGUGACCUCAUCACGGACAUAGAGCUACACCUUUUGGCUGAUAUCCACAGGAAGUACGACUCCACCAUCACAACGCUACUCUAUCAACAACCAGAUCAAGGACUUGAAGGAAUAACAGUACCGGGGACCAGGAGCAAGAAAAAAUCAGAUCAAAGAGAUAUCAUAGGAUUAGAUGAGAAAGGACAACGGAUGCUCCUGAUGACUGCAGAAGCUGAUGUAGAAGUUUCUCUUGGACUGAAGAUGUCAUUGCUUAGAAAGUUUCCAUGUAUACAAUUCGAGACAAGGCUAUUAGAUGCUCAUAUGUAUUUCUUAAAGAAAUGGGUUGUUGAUUUCCUUGCUGAUUCUAAACAGGGAAGGAACCUAACUACUUUGAAAGGAGAAGUACUGCCAUAUCUUGUGAAGAAACAGUUCUCAAAAUUAUCUCACAUAAGUAAGGCAGAGGACAAAGAAAGUGCAAUCAUAGAUGUCAAGCAGGACGGGCAGUUAGAUUUAUCCCAGUACCUUCCUUACGAUGAGCUGAGUAAAAAGGUCUUAGAGAUGUCACCUUGGAAUGAGCACAAGGGUGAGAUGUCCAAGGUCUAUCAGAAGGGUGACAGUCUUCGCUGCUACACCUACAUCGCUUCCAGCGGAACCUGCCUCAGGGCAAACAACGUGGCUGCGUACUGUGAGGCUAACAGACAGGUAAGGAUAUUAAAGGCCAGGGAUGUAGUCGAGGCUGGCCUUGAGGUCACAUUUUGCUGGCCUUAGCCCCGGCCAUGUACCAAGUCAUGUUCGAAGUCUAUGGGAGAAGGUUUUCUCCAGCGACCUCAUGGCUAGGAACUGCCAGCCUCGCCAACAUCCGUAGAAAAGGCAAAUUCUACCUCACCAACAAGUUGGUUUUGACCUCGGGUUAUAAUAGAGGUCAAUUUCAUAUUCAAUAUUUGACUUUUUGUACUUUUGUCCCCGAUUUUUACUUCACUUCAUGAUAAUUUAAGAGCAUUUCAACCUUUCAUAUGAACUAGAAAGUAGAGACAAAUCAUGUCAGGAAGGUACCACAUAUUCUCAGUUCCGAUCAUCUGGGUACUUUUGCGUAGAACGCGACCCCCCGCAGCGCGUGGGCGAAAACAACGCGCGACCAACGAACCAUUUUGUACACAUCGCCGCAUUGUGAAAAGUGAAGGCGAAGUAUGGUAUGCUGCUAUUUUUCAUUGUUUGGUCAUGAAAAAUAAUAAAAAUGCCGAAAAGUUGUUGUGCUGUAGGCUGUCACUGUCAUAUUAUCAAAGGGAAGUCCUUGUCAUUUUCCAUCUUCCCAGGCCAUGAAAAAAAAACGAGAAAGGUGGGAAAAAAAAAUUUCUGUCGCAUAAAUUAAUAUUUGGCCAGCAUGAAUCUUGUUAGGACAAACGUUUGAUCCCACACCAGCGAGCUAUCUGUUGUACCAUCCCACAAGCAACAAAAAACAGAGGCCGCUGUCAAGCUACGACCAAAUGGAUUUAGUGCAGACAAAUUUGAUCUUAUUUUACCUGAUUUUUGUCUCACCUGCAUAGCAGAAUGAGACUAUAGGUGCCGCUUUUCCAACGGCGGCGGCGGCGUCAACACCAAAUCUUAACCGAAGGUUAAGUUUUUUAAAUGACAGCAUAACUUAGAAAGUAUAUGGACCUAUUUUAUGAAACUUGGUCAUAAGGUUAAUCAAGUAUUACUGAACAUCCUGCCUGAGUUUCAGGUCACAUGACUAAGGUCAAAGGUCAUUUAGGGUCAAUAAACUUGGACCAUGUUGGGGGAAUCAACAUCAAAAUCUUAACCUAAGGUACCUCUAUCGAUGUUCGUGCAGGCUCCACUCCACUUCACUACCGCUUUGGCGCUACACUAUGCUCCACCUACCCGAACAUCGAGACGGUGAACCAGUUCGGAUAUACCGAGUCACAAAGGUGGGAUGGAAAUCAUGUUUAUCGUAAAAAUAAAAAUAUAACGAGAAAGAUGAAUAACUUAAUAUCUUACUCUACACCCGUAUUUCACUCCGUUUCCAUCCUCCGGUUAUCCUCAAAAUUUGUGAUUUUGGGCCAGUAUCUUAUUCCUCACACGUAUUAUUCACGGCUGAUUUCAUAACAUCGCAUGCGAGCGGUUUGACCUAUGCAUGGGACCAUAAUGCACUGUUUCACCCACUCCUUUGUUUUCACCCAUGAAGCGGUCUCCACGGCGUAUCUAGGGCAGAUGACGUCACGCUGGAACGGAGAAUAAGGGGCAAAUGC